AUGUUUCGCAUAUACAACAUUUACGUACUGGCUGCCUUUGGUACCAUCGGCGGUAUGCUCUUUGGCUUCGACGUCAGUUCGAUGAGUGCAUGGAUCGGCGCCGACCAGUACCUGGACUACUUUGAUCACCCGAGCAGUACCCUCCAGGGCGGCAUCACAGCCUCGAUGUCAGGCGGCAGUCUCGUGGGGGCUUUAGCCGCCGGGUUUAUAGCCGAUCCUCUAGGCCGAAAGGGGGCCUUGAAGAUCGCGUCUAUCAUCUGGCUCGUUGGUUCUGCUCUCCAGUCCUCGUCUCAGAACGUUGCACAUCUGAUUGUUGGUCGCGUUGUCAACGGGUUCGCCAUCGGGAUCACGUCUUCUCAAUGCUGCGUCUAUCUCGCCGAGCUAGCCCCUGCACCCAUCCGCGGCCGGGUCGUAGGGAUUCAGCAGUGGAGUAUCGAAUGGGGCAUCCUGAUCAUGUAUCUCAUCUCGUACGUUUGUAUCCGCACGAUUGAUGGUCCCGCAGCCUGGCGUGUAGCCUGGGGGGUUCAAGCCAUCCCUGGAGCAGUCCUUCUGGGCGCUCUCUUUUUCUUUCCCGAGUCGCCGAGAUGGCUGGCCGGGCGAGACCGCUGGGAGGAGGCUUUCGAUAUACUCUGCAGCCUUCACGGCAAGAACGUCGACAGGUCCGAUCCCUUGAUCAUCGCCGAAUGGGAAGAGGUCAAGGAGGCGGCUCGGAUCGCCCGCGAAGCUUCGAACCUGACAAUCUUUGGCCUUUUUGGCCCAGGUAUUUGGAAGAGGACGCUCGCCGGAUGUUCCGUCCAGGUCUGGCAGCAGCUGCUGGGCGGCAACGUGAUGCUAUACUACCUCAUCUUCGUUUUCCAAAUGGCAGGCUUCUCCGGAGACACAGCACUCACAUCUUCCAUCAUCCAAUACGUGCUCUUCUUGGUUACCACCGGCGUAAUUCUGCCCAUAGUCGAUCGCGUCGGUCGCCGUCCGCUACUUUUGGGAGGUGCUCUGUUUGGUCUGAUAAUCCACUUCGCAACGGCAGGGGUCAUGGCUACUUACGGCCGAUCUGUCGACUCUGUUGACGGCAACGAGAAUCUUAAAAUCAUCAUCACGGGGGAUCCCGCCCGAGCUGUCAUAGCCAUGAUGUAUCUUUUUGUUUCUAUGUAUGGCCUGACCUGGGCUCCGAUUGGAUGGAUUUACUGUUCCGAGGUGUUCCCACUGCACUACCGUGCCAAGGGCGUCGGCCUUGCUGCCGCAUCGAACUGGGCUUUCAAUCUUGCCCUUGCAUUUUUUGUCCCCCCGGCUUUCGAGAACAUCACCUGGCAAACUUACAUCAUUUUUGGUGUUUUCUGUACCGUGAUGAUCCCGCACAUUUACUUUACCUAUCCAGAAACAGCUGGCAAGACUUUGGAAGAAAUCGACGUCAUUUUCGACGAAAACAUUGCACCGUGGAAGAGUCGCCACGCCGGUCCUUCUCUGCAGGCCCGUGUUGCUGAUCACAAGGUGCAGAAGGGAGAGCUCUCUGUGGAGCAGAGGGAGACGGUUUGA